GGGUUAGGGUGUCCUUGCAGGGUGUCUGAGCUAAACUUCACCAAAUAAUAGCUGUUUGUAUUUUGGCUGCUGCAGGAGCCAUUUUAGAAUUAUUAGCUUAUGACUGAUUGGAAAAGAACAGAAAUGAAAAUGGGCCUUUCACUGGCAGAGAGCACUUGUGCCCGGUGAUGAGCUACUUCAUCACUACUUCGAAGCUUGUCAGAAAUGUAAGUCCAGUCAGGAUUGAUGGUUGUCUUGGGAUGAAUCUCUGCGAACCAGUCAGUGCUAACUCUGACUUACUCUUAGAAGCAUUUGGCCUAGUGAUGGGCCAGUGGUCUGCCUCUCUGCACUGCCUGCUUUCUAGCUUGUUACCUCACUUGCUGUGGAAAAUAGCAGCACCCUGGUGGAUAAGCCAUUAGCAGAUUUUCUUAAACUUUGUCCACUCGUGACUCCAGAAAUGUAUAUAAAAUAGAAAUAAAUACCUUCCCUUAAUUGAUGAAAAUGAAAAUACAGAAGAAAGAGAAGCAGUUGUCCAAGUUAAGAGCUUUGAAUCACUCCCCAAUGUCGGAUGCCUCUGUUAACUUUGACUACAAAUCUCCGUCACCAUUCGAUUGCAGUCCUGAUCAGGGAGAAAACAUUGAAGAAGCUGCCAAUCAUUGUCUGCCCCAUAAGAACCUCUAUACUACUGAAGAGGAAGCUGACACCCUUUUUUCUAGGAAAUUGACAUCCCAUAAUGGGAUGGAGGAUAGUGGAGGCAGAGGUACUGGAGUAAAGAAGAAACGGAAGAAAAAGGAGCCAGGGGAGCAAGAGGGGACAAAGGGAAGCAAGGACAGAGAGCCUAAGCCAAAGAGGAAACGAGAACCUAAAGAGCCAAAAGAACCCAGAAGGGCCAAGGAGCCGAAGAGAGCCAAGGAGCCCAAGGAGACAAAGCAGAAAGAUGGUGUCAAGAAGCCCCGGAAGCACCGGGAGGCCUCCAGUACCAAGGAAGGUAAAGAGAAGAGGAGCUGCACUGAUUAUGGAUCCAGGACAAAGUCCAAGAAGGCCAGCAGGGAGCAAGGACCAACCCCAGUGGAGAGAAAGAAGAAAGGAAAAAGGAAAAACGAAACCACCGUGGAGAGUUUAGAGCUGGACCAGAGUCUUCCAAACCCAUCUCUGCAGAGUCCUGAGGAGCCCAGUGAGUCUGCAGACAGCCAGAAACGGCGCUCAGGACGGCAAGUAAAGCGCAGAAAAUACAAUGAGGACCUGGACUUCAAAGUGGUGGAUGAUGAUGGGGAAACAAUUGCUGUUUUGGGAGCUGGCCGCACAUCUGCACUCUCGGCUUCCACUCUGGCCUGGCAGGCUGAGGAGCCUCCAGAAGAUGAUGCAAACAUAAUUGAGAAGAUCCUGGCAUCUAAGACUGUCCAGGAGGUUCACCCAGGAGAACCUCCAUUUGACCUAGAGCUUUUCUACGUUAAGUAUAGAAAUUUUUCCUAUUUACAUUGUAAAUGGGCCACAAUGGAAGAAUUGGAAAAGGAUCCCCGCAUCGCACAGAAGAUCAAGCGAUUUAGGAACAAACAGGCCCAGAUGAAGCACAUUUUCACUGAGCCUGAUGAAGACUUGUUCAAUCCAGAUUAUAUAGAAAUUGAUCGUAUCUUAGAAGUGGCCCACACCAAGGAUGCAGAAACAGGGGAGGAAGUAACACAUUACCUGGUAAAAUGGUGCUCCCUGCCAUAUGAAGAAAGCACCUGGGAGCUAGAAGAAGAUGUGGAUCCUGCAAAAGUGAAAGAAUUUGAAUCUCUACAAAUUCUCCCUGAAGUUAAACAUGUGGAACGACCUGCCUCUGAUGCAUGGCAGAAACUGGAGACAUCCCGUGAGUAUAGGAACAGUAACCGGCUGCGAGAGUACCAACUCGAGGGGAUGAACUGGCUUCUUUUCAACUGGUACAACAGAAAAAACUGUAUAUUGGCUGAUGAAAUGGGCCUAGGGAAAACCAUCCAGUCCAUCGCAUUCCUUUCAGAAAUCUUUGUCAGGGGAAUCCACGGCCCCUUUCUCAUCAUUGCCCCACUUUCCACCAUCACUAACUGGGAGCGAGAAUUCCGGACAUGGACGGAGAUGAAUGCUAUUGUGUACCACGGCAGCCAGAUCAGCAGGCAGAUGAUCCAGCAGUAUGAAAUGGUAUACAGAGACGCGCAGGGAAACCCCCUUUCAGGAGUCUUCAAGUUCCAUGUCGUCAUCACGACAUUUGAGAUGAUCCUGGCAGAUUGCCCAGAGCUGAAGAAAAUUCACUGGAGCUGUGUGAUAAUUGAUGAGGCCCACAGAUUGAAGAAUAGGAACUGCAAGCUUCUGGAAGGGUUAAAGCUCAUGGCCCUGGAACACAAAGUGCUGCUCACAGGAACACCCUUGCAGAACUCUGUGGAAGAGCUCUUCAGUUUGCUUAACUUUCUAGAGCCCUCACAGUUCCCUUCAGAAACUGCUUUCUUAGAGGAGUUUGGCGAUCUCAAAACAGAAGAACAGGUAAAGAAAUUGCAGUCUAUCCUGAAACCAAUGAUGCUUCGGCGCCUGAAAGAUGAUGUGGAAAAGAACCUUGCUCCUAAGCAAGAGACCAUCAUUGAAGUAGAACUGACCAAUAUCCAGAAAAAGUACUAUCGUGCUAUCCUAGAGAAAAACUUUUCCUUUCUGACCAAAGGUGCAAAUCAACACAACAUGCCCAAUCUUAUCAAUACUAUGAUGGAGCUCAGAAAAUGCUGUAACCACCCCUACCUGAUCAAUGGGGCAGAGGAAAAGAUUCUGGAAGAUUUCAGAAAAGCCCACAGCUCUGAAGCCUCUGACUUCCAGCUGCAGGCCAUGAUCCAGGCAGCGGGGAAGCUGGUGCUGAUCGACAAGCUUCUCCCCAAGCUCAUUGCAGGGGGCCACAAAGUGCUCAUCUUCUCUCAGAUGGUGCGCUGUCUCGACAUCCUGGAAGAUUAUCUCAUCCAGAGGAGAUACACCUAUGAGCGAAUUGAUGGGCGAGUACGGGGAAACCUGCGCCAGGCAGCCAUCGACCGGUUCUGUAAGCCAGACUCAGACCGCUUUGUCUUUCUUCUGUGCACCAGAGCAGGAGGCCUGGGAAUCAAUCUCACAGCUGCUGAUACCUGCAUCAUAUUUGAUUCUGACUGGAACCCACAAAAUGACUUGCAGGCUCAGGCCCGAUGUCAUCGUAUAGGCCAGAGCAAAGCCGUGAAGGUAUAUCGCCUAAUCACUCGAAACUCCUAUGAGCGGGAAAUGUUUGACAAGGCCAGCCUGAAGCUGGGCCUGGACAAGGCUAUUCUUCAGGACAUCAACAGAAAGGGCAGCACCAAUGGAGUACAGCAGCUCUCAAAAAUGGAAGUGGAGGAUUUGCUCCGGAAAGGUGCUUAUGGAGCUUUAAUGGACGAGGAAGACGAAGGCUCCAAGUUCUGUGAGGAAGAUAUAGACCAGAUCCUGCAGAGAAGAACCCAUACCAUCACCAUCCAGUCAGAAGGCAAGGGGUCCACUUUUGCCAAGGCUAGUUUUGUGGCUUCAGGAAACAGAACAGAUAUUUCCUUGGAUGACCCUAAUUUUUGGCAGAAAUGGGCUAAAAUAGCUGAAUUAGACACCGAAGCAAAUAAUGAAAAGGAGAGCUUAGUGAUUGACCGGCCACGUGUGAGGAAGCAGACCAAGCACUACAACUCUUUUGAGGAGGAUGAGCUUAUGGAGUUCUCAGAGUUAGACAGUGACUCAGAUGAAAGGCCCACAAGGUCCAGACGCCUCAGUGACAAAGCCCGACGCUACCUCCGCGCUGAGUGCUUCCGAGUGGAAAAGAACCUGCUCAUCUUUGGCUGGGGCCGGUGGAAGGACAUCCUGACUCACGGGCGAUUCAAGUGGCCCCUGAAUGAGAAGGAUAUGGAGAUGAUUUGCAGGGCCCUGCUGGUGUACUGUGUCAAGCAUUACAAAGGGGAUGAAAAAAUCAAAAGUUUUAUUUGGGAACUAAUCACACCUUCCAAAGAUGGGCAAGUUCAGACCCUGCAGAACCACUCAGGCUUGUCUGCCCCAGUCCCCAGAGGGAGGAAAGGAAAAAAGACAAAAAACCAGCUCUUGCUCCCAGAACUGAAGAAUGCAGACUGGCUGGCCACCUGCAAUCCUGAGGUGGUCUUACAUGAUGAUGGAUACAAGAAACACCUCAAACAGCACUGUAAUAAGGUGCUUUUGAGAGUCCGGAUGCUGUACUACCUAAAAGCUGAAAUACUGGGAGAAGCAGCUGAUAAAGCAUUUGAGGGAACUCCUGCCAGAGAGCUGGAUGUGCUUCUGCCUGACAUUGACUAUGUGGAGAUCCCAGUGGAUUGGUGGGAUGCUGAAGCUGAUAAGUCCCUUCUCAUUGGCGUGUUCAAGCACGGUUAUGAGAGGUACAAUGCCAUGCGGGCUGACCCAGCGCUCUGCUUCCUGGAGAAAGUUGGCAUGCCUGACGAGAAGUCCCUUUCUGCAGAGCAGGGUGUUACAGAUGGAACUUCGGACAUUCCUGAAAGCACAAGAGAGAGAGGACCUUGUGAGCAUGGUCGCUGCGCUUCCUUCCGAGGCAACAUAGAUAAAGAAGACAGUGCUGAGGACAAGUUGGAUGGUCUCCAGAAGCAAACGGCGAGUCCCAGUGAUGGAAGUGAUGGCAUUUUUGGUGAAAAGAAGGAUGACAGCCAGGCAGCCCAGGAUGGCUCCGACCCAGACAAAUCACCCUGGCCAGUUUCCUCUGCCCUCACUGCUCGACUCAGGCGUCUGGUCACUAUUUACCAGCGCUGCAACCGCAAGGAGCUAUGCAGACCUGAAAUCUUAGGCCCAGGUAACCAAGGAUACUGGGUUCAGGAGGAAGUGUUCAGGAGAACUUCAGAAAUGGACCUCAUCAACAAGGAAGCCCAAAAAAGGUGGACUAGAAGAGAGCAAGCUGACUUCUAUAGGACAGUGUCUUCCUUUGGUGUUGUGUAUGACCAAGAAAAGAAAGCCUUUGACUGGACACAGUUCCGCGUCAUUUCUCGUUUGGACAAGAAGUCAGAUGAGAGCCUGGAGCACUAUUUUUAUAGUUUUGUAGCCAUGUGUCGGAAUGUGUGUCGUCUCCCCGCCUGGAAAGAUGAUGGUCCCCCUGAUGCCAGCAUCUAUGUUGAACCCAUCACUGAGGAGCGGGCAGCAAAGACUCUGUACCGUAUUGAACUGCUGAGGAAAGUCCGUGAGCAGGUGCUCAUGUGUCCUCAACUACAUGAGCGCCUCCAGCUUUGCAGGCCCAGCCUCUACCUCCCAGUCUGGUGGGAGUGUGGGAAACAUGAUCGAGACCUGCUCAUUGGCACCGCCAAACAUGGGCUCAACCGCACUGACUAUUACAUCAUGAAUGACCCCCAGCUAUCCUUCCUAGAUGCCUAUAGAAACUAUGCCCAACACAAAAGAACUGACACCCAGGCACCUGGAAGUCUCUGCUGCCUUUACCAGAGCAAUUCUAAACUAUAUGAGUCUCUUACUUAUACCCCAGUGAGUAGGACUUCAGAGUCUCUUGAAAGUGAGCCAGAGAAUCUGAUGAGAAUGGAAAGCAGGGAUGAUCAUCUCUGCCUGCCUGAGGGUGGCUUACCUGACAUAACGUGUGAAAACUUUGUUUCCAAAGUUCAGGAGGUCAUUUCUCUUGACCAUGAUGAAAACUUGCUGCCUGAGUCUUUGGAGAACAUGAUAUAUGGUAAGACAGGACUCAGCCAAGAGCCGCAUUCUUUUCAGGAGGCCCCAACUACCAACACACAGUCCAGGAAAAAUACUAUCACCAUCUCAGCCAGCAGAAAUGAGAGCUGCCAGCCUCCUGGUAUUGAGGCAGAAAUUACUUCAGCUUCCUCUCUCAUGAGCAGCUUAGAAGCAGGAGUAGCUAAAAUGAAUAUUAAAAAUGGAAAACAUUUGCUGGUAUCUAUCUCAAAAGAAGGGGAGCCCUGCUGCAGUGAGACAGGACGGAGACCUGAAACCAUAGGCCACCGAGAGGCCAAAUGCUUAGUGUCCCCUACCUUAGAUACAGGACAUGAAAGUGGGUUUGUAGAUCUAUGUAGUCUUAGUGUCUAUGACCCCAAAAGAAACUUCUCCUCAGAUGAGCAAUUAAUUGACUUAUUAGAAAACAAGAGUUUAGAAAGUAAGUUGAUUUUACAUCAGAGUGAUGAGGAGGAGGAAGAAAAUGAGGACGACACUUUAGCCAUAGUAGCAAGCACCACUGAAAAGCCAGAGGUCUUGGAUUUCCCCAAGCCCACUGUAAACAUCCCAAGGGGAAAGAACCUCAACUUCCACCAAGAUGAAGCCAAGAAAGGAAGGCUGGAGGUGGUGAGCAAGACUGCUGGGCCACAGAGGGUCUUUCCUCCCCCAGCCAAUCAGUGCCACUGUAAACACAUUGAAAGGUGGGCACAUGGCCUGGGGAGCGAGGACUCUGAAGUAGAGAAACCCAAGGCUUAUCAGCCAGACCUGUACAGAAGCAAAGCCAAUAAUACGACAGUGGAAGGUGAGGCUGCUAUUAUUCCACCAGAGACACUUAAACUGAAGCAUGAGCUUUUAAAGGAACCAUGGAAAGCAAGUUCAGAGGGGGGGAAGAGUUUCUCCAUGUGUGUUCCUGAGGGAAGUGAGCCCAAACCAGAAGACAUGGAUUUUGAGAAUAAAGAUGAUUAUGAGAAAGAUGGAACCUGCCACAGUCAAGACUACCCAGGCAAGUACUCUGAGGAAGAGAGUAAGAGUUCGGCGUCAGGCGUUGCAGGAGACCUUGGGGAAGAGGCACAGGAAGUGCGGGCUCCCACCAUUGCUCAGCUACUGCAGGAGAAAACCCUCUAUUCCUUCUCAGAAUGGCCAAAGGAUCGUGUGAUAAUUAACCGCCUAGAUAAUAUUUGCCAUGUGGUGUUAAAGGGGAAGUGGCCCUGCAGCCACCAGUAUGAGCCCUCAGGUGCACUGCCCACACCAGUGUUAUCCAGCAGUGCAGGUUCUCGAAGCAGCCUCUCAGAGCCAGAGGCAACAGAACACAGCUUCAGCAAUGGUGCAGCACUGGCGGCCCAGAUCCAGAAGGAGAGCUUCUUAGCCCCAGUCUUCACAAAAGAUGAACAAAAGCACAGACGUCCCUAUGAGUUUGAGGUGGAAAGGGAUGCCAAAGCUCGGAGCCUAGAAGAAUACUCUGCCACCCAUGGGCGUCCACCCAUUGUCCUCAAUGGCUGGCAUGGAGAGUCAGCUAUAGACCUCUCCUGCUCCUCAGAGGGGUCUCCAGGAGCCACAUCUCCUUUCCCAGUGGGUGCCAGCACCCCUAAGAUUGGUGCUAUCAGUUCACUUCAAGGAGCUCUCGGUAUGGACUUGUCUGGAAUUCUGCAAGCUGGUCUAAUCCACCCAGUGACUGGGCAGAUUGUCAACGGAAGCCUCAGGAGGGAUGAUGCUGCCAUGAGAAGGCGGAGAGGAAGGCGAAAACAUAUUGAAGGAGGGAUGGACCUCAUCUUCCUGAAGGAGCAAACACUUCAGGCUGGAAUCUUGGAAGUCCAUGAAGAUGCAGGACAGACUACCCUGAGCACCACACACCCUGAAGUGCCAGGAGCUGCUUCCUCAGCUCCUGAGCCAACAGCAGCAGCCAGCAGCCAGGCUGAGAAAGCUGUUCCCAGCAAGAGCCUACUUGACUGGCUGCGGCAGCAGGCUGACUACUCUUUGGAUGUUCCUGGCUUUGGGACAAGUUUUUCAGACAAACCCAAGCAGAGAAGACCACGCUGCAAAGAACCUGGAAAAUUAGACAUCAGCUCUCUAAGUGGAGAAGAGAGGGUUCCUGCUGUCCCCAAGGAGCCAGGACUCAGGGGGUUUCUCCCAGAAAGCAAAUUCAAUCACACCCUUGCUGAGCCUGUGAUUCGAGAUGCAGGUCCCCGCAGGAGGGGGAGGCGGCCUCGAAAUGAACUCCUAAAAGCUCCAGCCAUUGUAGCGGACUCUCCUUCUGGAAUGGGACCACUGUUCAUGAAUGGGCUGAUUGCGGGAAUGGACCUGGUAGGAUUGCAGAAUGUGAGAAAUAUUCCAGGCAUUCCUCUCACUGGGCUGGUGGGCUUCCCAGCUGGUUUUGCCACCAUGCCCACUGGUGAAGAGGUUAAGAACACCCUGAGCAUGCUGCCCAUGAUGCUGCCAGGCAUGGCCGCGGUACCCCAGAUGUUUGGAGUUGGCGGACUCCUCAACACACCCAUGGCAACCACCUGCACGACCACUGCAUCAGCGUCUCUUGCAAGCACAAAAAGUGGUACCUCAGCCACUGAAAAAUCUACAGAGGACAAGCUGAGUGGCCAUGAUGUAAACACAGACGCUCUGGUAGACGAUAAGCCUGGCCCUAGUCCGUUUUCUGAUCAGUCAGAACCCACAAUAACUACUAGUAGUCCUGUGGCUUUCAACCCAUUUCUCAUCCCAGGAGUGUCUCCUGGACUCAUCUACCCUUCCAUGUUUCUUUCCCCUGGCAUGGGCAUGGCUCUGCCAGCCAUGCAGCAGGCCAGACACUCAGAGAUGGUCGGUCUUGAGACCCAGAGGAGGAAAAAGAAGAAAACAAAGGGGGACAGCCCCACCCAAGAGCCUGCGUCUGUGUGUGAGAAGGAGCCAGGCAGUGAUCAGAACUGCACCGAGUCCAGUGCCACUGUGUCCCCAGAGAGAGAACAUGGGGCACAGGCCAGGGAGGAGGGGCUCAAAGACUCCAAUGAUGAUACCAAUUAGACCUUUUCCAUUUAAAAAUGACUGUGACUUGUAAGUUUCUUAUCCCAUAAAGGUUUGUUACCUCCCUCACUCCACCUUCACAAGAACCUGUGUUUCCAUCAGUAACAUUACCUACCUAAUUUCCUGUCUGGGAACUCUGGUGACAUGUUAAUAGCUGCAGGGUCUUGCCACUUUGUUAGAUAAGUGUCACCUGCCUAGUCUAGGCGGCACAGAAUCCUUUCUUUUAUCCGGUUCAUUCCAGCAAUCACAGUUGAUACAGUGCUUGGUGACAUACCACCUUCCCCUUCUCUUUCAAGUCCCACUCAUCUGAGGAAGAAAAUGGCAGAAGAAAGCUGUCUAGGGAUUCAUUGUGGGGCCAAAGAGCAAAGAUGAACGUAAGUGCAAGCUCGUUCUUUUGUGAGCAACUGAAUAAAAAGAUCGUAUUGAGGAAACCAAAAGGCACAUGAUAGGAAGUGCCAGUGCAUACUUUUGUAGUUCAGGUGUCCUGUUAUCAUGGUUACUGAGUAGUGUAGUCUACAGCAUAUAAACUAAUGGUUCAAAAUGCAUAUACUGAUGGCUUCUUUAAAACAGGAACCUUCCAGAUAGUAAUACAGUUUCCCCCUCAAGGUUUUCCUCCUCUUCAGCAAGAAGAAAUAAUGGCCAGCUAGGCAGUAUCCCUAUCAUCCCUGCUAUCUGAGACACUUCAGCACCUUGAGUUACUGCAGCAACUGCGAGGGCGCUGCUAAGGGUCCACAGAUGCUGCUGGCGUUUAUCCCAAGGGAACUGCUGCCACCCGUUUCCACUUUUAAGAAACCUGCGGGAUUUUUGUGUUCUUUCACCCAGAGCAAGGCUUUUUGGAGCCUAGUAAGGUAAUCGCUCAGCACUUGCUAGAGUCUGUCAUUAGCGUAGCGUGUCAAAACACGCACACCACCUUUUACAUUGCAACUGUGAAGUUUUGUCCCUCCCAUUUUCUCUCUACUCAAACUGUAUCUUAGUAUUGGGCCCAAAUUCCAGAUUGUCAGUCAGACAAGGUUCUGUUAAGUCAGCAGCAUACACUCUCCAGCUCCGCGUUGAAGAAUUGAGCAGGGAGAAACGCACUCAGCGGCGCUUCCGUUCCGUUUUCUUUCCCCUCGCCCUUCCUUACAUCAUGCUCCUCCUGAUGGUCCCCUCCAAGGACAGCCCCUGCUGAGACUUGAACCAGCCAAACCUAGUUCUCUAGAGCACAGGCUCAGGGGCUGGACAAGUGGCGGGUGUCCCGAGUACCAGGUUCACUUCGGUGUUACAAUUAACUGUGUUUUUUUACUGUUUCUGUUACAGUUUUGCUAACUUAUCAGAAGGUCAGAAAGUUUGGCUGUUUCAGUUUGCAUUAUUUAUUUAUGAUGAUUUUUGUCAUUGUCUUUUAUACGUUUGGGUUAUAAAUUAUGUAAAUGUUAAAAUGAGCAUCUCAAAGAAGUCUGUUAAAUUGUGACCGGAAAAAAAGAAACAAUCAGGUGUAUUUUCAAAACAGAGAGUCCCAGUUUUAUGAAUCAUAGAUAUAAACUAGAAAUUCUAUAACGAUCUAUAAGAAAGAAGAAUCCAAGAACUGAAUAAAUGCUAUUUAAUAACCUCCUUGUAGUGUAGAAGGUCUGUGAUGCUGGUAACAGAUUUCUUAGAAAUGCUGCUCACUGUUGAACUAACAUCCUGUUCAGUUCUGCUCCGGCGGAGGCAGAAAGGUCUCUCAGCUGUUAAAUCCUAAAGAUCAAUAUAAUUUAUUUAUGUAAGAGAAACAUGCAAUCAAUAUAUUUUUUGAACCUUUUAAGUACUAAUUUUCUUUUUAUCAAGUAGAAAAAAAUGUAUUUGCCCUAAAUCCUUAAAAAUACAAAUGCUAUAAAACCUCCUGUAUUUUGAAAGCCUUACUGCAAUGAGCAUUGUAGACACCCAGCAGAGUCUGCUCUUCCUGUCGUCUCCCGUGUUGUCUCAUGUGGAGAGCUCCUCACCCAGCUUCCACCUAAACUUCCAAGUAGGUCACAGGGUCCGCUGCGGACCCAACUUAACCACCAGCAUGCGCAAUCCCUUGUUAUAUCUUACUGAACCUGUAUGUUAACUCUCGGGUGUUCAGGCUUUUGUUGACUGCUGUUGUGAUACUGUUUGCAAAAUGAAAUUGACACUGUGGAUUAUUUGCUCUGUAAGGCAUAAGUGCUUCUUAUGAUUAUUUUAACGUUCCGAGAGCAAAAGCCAAAUUUAAACUCUCUUCAGCAAACUUGAGCCUCUUCAUCUAAUUCCAUGUCACUCAUAGCCAUAACUUCCCUUGGUCAUCUUCACCCAUGUUUCACAUAAUAAAUUGUCUGUGGUCUUGAUCCUGGA